AUGCAGAGCAGGAAAGAAAAGGGCGAUAUCAAGCCCGCCGCUGUAGGAAUACACUCCCUGCGGACGGACUUGAAAUACCCUCUGCGUAUGAACUUUUAUGACAAGCCGCCAACAGAGGAUAUUACCAUUGAAGAGUUCGAAACCGCCGCCCUCGAUCGCCUGCGGGUACUGGCCGAGAUCGAAUCCUGCUUUGCGCGAAAUCGGACCUGGGAAGACACCAGGAAGAUAAUGGACGAGAUCUUCAUCAAGCACCUCCCUCUGGAUCACAGUACAGCCAAGACGAAACCGAUUGACGAACAGCGGAGGAAGGAUCACAUCGGCCAUUUCGUCCUCAGGUUCGCGUUCUGUCGGACGGAGGAUCUAAGGAGGCGGUUUAUCAAGGCGGAGGUUAUGCUGUUCAGACUGCGCUACGCCGAUGAGCCAGCUACUGAGCAGCAGGCUUUCAUGAAUUCUAAAGACUUCGAUUGGCAACUGGCCACUCCAGAGGAAAUGCAAGGGAUCUUGCAACCCAUGCCAAGUGAAUCGCAAGGGCGUUACUACAAGCUCAAAUGGACACGAGUGCCGAACUUGGUGGAGAGACGAGAAGUGAUCAUGAAGGGUGGAAUGGCGUAUGUUCACUCCGCCAAGCAGGCCGAGAUUUUGUACAGAGAGUUCCAGACACAUUUGGAGAAAGAACUGGAGGCAACAGCGAAAGCCCUUCCGCGGUUGGACGAAGACACGCGACUUGUUCCCAUUCUCGACAACCUGUCUAAGGGCUUCCAAGCUGGCGUGGCUUCGCAGUGGUCUGACGUGGAAGGAUCUCCGGACGAUACGCUGACGGCGGAAAUGAUUGACGAAAUGGCCUACAAACAUUUCCCCGCCUGCAUGCGCAACCUGCACAUGUGUCUCCGAAGAGAUGGACAUCUGAAACACUUCGGCCGCCUUCAAUAUGGUUUGUUCCUCAAAGUCUGUGGACUCUCUAUAGAAGAAGCCUUGGUGUUCUGGCGAAAGGCAUUCCGUCGGCCCGAUAUCACCGACGACAAGUUCAACAAGGAGUACAAAUACAACUUCCGCCACUCAUAUGGUCUGGAGGGGAAGCGUGCCAAUUAUGCCGCCAAAAGCUGUCAGCAGAUUAUCAUGGCCGGGGCGCGAAGUGCAGGGGACAGCCACGGCUGCCCGUACAUCGAUUUCUCGAUGGAAAACUUGCAAUCGGCAUUGCUCACGAUGUACGGGGAAUAUGGGCUGUCUUCCACAGAUAUGCCCGAGCUCAUGGAGCUGGUUAAGAAGAAACACUACCAUGUCGCGUGUACCCGGGUCUUCGAGAUCACGCAUUCGCGUCAGGGCGUGAAGAAGGGCGAAGGAGUGGGCGCCGGUGAAAGUGUCACGCACCCGAAUCAGUACGCAGCAAGGAGCCGGGAGCUGAGCCAGGAGCUCAAGAAGAAGGCCGAAGGGGAGACCGACGUUGUGAUGCAGUAG